AUGCCGACUCCACUAGAUCGCGCCUUGAAGUCCCAGAAUCUGUUCCUUGGCUUCGCGGGCAUGGUGACCGCCGUGGCAGCCUGGUCAAUCUGGGGAAGCGACGUGUUUCCUGCAGAGGCUGAUCCCAAAGGAGAUCCCGAAACGUGGACUGAAGAUGAAAUGAGAAGAUGGCUGCGCGCAAGGGGUCUUCUACCUAGCGAUAAAGCGACUCGCGAAGAACUGCUCGAAAGAGUCAAGGCCAAUCUACGCAUACCACGCAAGACGCAAUCUUCAGCCUCGCAGUCUUAA